GAUUUGUAACCAUAACCUUAAUUUGAUAGCGGAAGAAAUCAUAGGAAAAAGUAGUUCUUUAAUUUUCCUUUUGUUUCUCAGGAAUCAGAGAGAAAGUGAAUUGAAAAUUAAUAAUUUUCAUUUGGGAUUAGUGUUUAUGGUUUUUUUUUUUUUUUUCAUCUUGGUACUCAUGAUUUCUCUGAAAGAAUGUUAAUUUGGAGAGGAAUUGCAUUUCCAUUAUAGAGGAUGACGAACAGGGAGCAUAACAGCGUCAUGAGGGCGUGGGAGGCCACAGUGAGGAAAACCCAGGCGGCAAAAAAGCGCGCUAACAGUAUUUUUGGGACGACAUUGGUGGCGCAUGCGGAUGAGGACAAUGACAACGACGAGGAUGAUAAUAGGGAGCACAGCGCCGAUAAACCGUACUAUGUGGAGAAAAUUUUGCCCAAUGGGGAUUACUACACCGGGCAGUGGUAUGAUAAUUUCCCCAACGGACAUGGGAAGUACCUAUGGACGGACGGGUGUAUGUACGUCGGAGAGUGGUAUAAGGGGAAAACGAUGGGAAGAGGACGGUUCACUUGGCCGGCUGGUGCUACCUAUGAGGGAGAAUUCAAGAGUGGGUACAUGGAUGGAACAGGUACGUAUAAUGGACGAACUGGGGAUACUUAUAGGGGUCAGUGGGUGAUGAAUUUAAAACAUGGCCAUGGGGUGAGGAAUUAUGCUAAUGGAGAUUGCUAUAAUGGGGAAUGGCGACGUGGGUUGCAAGAAGGAAUAGGGAGAUAUCAAUGGAGUAAUGGGAAUCACUAUGAUGGAGAAUGGAAGAAUGGAGAAAUGCAUGGAAAGGGGGUAUUUGUGUGGGGGAAUGGGAAUAGAUAUGAUGGAUGUUGGGAAGAUGGGGUUCCGAAGGGCAAUGGGACAUACAAAUGGCCUGGUGGUGCUUUCUAUGUGGGGAAUUGGAAUAAGGAUCCAAAUGAACAAAAUGGAACAUUUUGCCCAUCCUUGUCAGGGUCCAACUCCCCGGCUGCGAGCUUGGAUUGGAGCCCUCAAAAUGUGUACAAUUUUGAAUUAUCUGAUUCUCGGGUUUGUCCUGGGGAAAAGGUUUCCAUCCUGCCAUCACAGAAGAGAUUGGCGAUUUGGAAUUCAACCAAAGGUGUGGAGAAGCCUAGGAGUGUGUCGGUUGAUGGUAGGGUCAGCGUGGGUGUAGAAAGGGCAUUUGAUAAAAUGAGUAUGUGGGAAAGUGAUGGAGAUAGUAAUGAUGUUAGUGAUUUGAGGAAGGAUAUGGACGGUGAAUUGUUGGGUUUACACCAUGAUGAUAACAACCCCAAGUUUAAUCCUAGCUUGCCUUUGAGAGUGCUAAAGCCGGGGAAAAGACAAGGAGAAACGAUCUCCAAAGGACACAAGAACUUUGAUCUUAUGCUCAAUUUGCAGCUAGGUAUCAGGCAUUCAGUUGGAAGGCCUGCUCCAGCUACAUCCCUCGAUCUAAAGGCUUCAGCUUUUGAUCCCAAAGAAAAAAUAUGGACCAGAUUUCCUCCCGAAGGAACAAAAUACACUCCACCGCACCAGUCUACUGAAUUUAAAUGGAAGGAUUAUUGCCCUGUAGUUUUUAGGACUCUGAGGAAGUUAUUCAAGGUAGAUCCAGCUGAUUAUAUGAUAUCCAUAUGUGGGAAUGAUGCCCUACGGCUGCUAUCCUCACCUGGGAAAAGUGGUAGUUUCUUUUACUUGACCAACGAUGAUCGUUACAUGAUAAAGACAAUGAAGAAGGCAGAAGUAAAAGUGCUCUUGAGAAUGCUUUCAGCCUAUUACAACCAUGUCCGAGCCUUUGAGAACACUUUGGUGAUCAAGUAUUAUGGUUUGCAUUGUGUAAGACUAACCGGUGCAACUCAGAAGAAGGUUCGGUUCAUUAUAAUGGGGAAUCUAUUACGUUCUGAAUACACCAUCCAUAGGCGCUUCGACUUGAAAGGUUCUUCUCUUGGCCGCAUAACAGAUAAGCCAGAGAGUGAGAUGGAUGAUACCAUUAUUCUUAAAGACCUUGACCUUAAUUUCAUAUUCAGACUACAAAAGGCACGGUUUCAAGAGUUUAGUAGGCAAGUAGAUAGGGAUUGCGACUUUCUUGAACAAGAGAGAAUUAUGGACUAUAGUCUUUUGGUGGGUCUUCACUUCAGAGAAAUCUCAACUAAUGGAGAGAUAGUUGCCUCUAGAAUAAAAACUGGAAGUCCUGAUAGGGACACAAGUCCCCAUAUUUCUGGAGCAGAUAUGGAUCAGCUUCUUCAAGUUCCUAAAAGUUGGCCCAGUAUAAAAUUGGGUAUUAACAUGCCAGCACAUGCAGAAAGAACUGUAACAAGAAUUGACUCUGAAUUUCAGUUGGUUGGAGAACCAACUGGGGAGUAUUACGAAGUCAUAAUGUUCUUUGGUAUCAUAGACAUUCUUCAAGACUAUGACAUUACCAAGAAGCUUGAGCAUGCAUACAAAUCCAUACAUUACGAUCCAACUUCCAUCUCAGCUGUGGACCCAAAGCAAUACUCAAAACGCUUCCGGGAUUUCAUAUGCAAGAUUUUUGCUGGAGACAGUUGAAGAAUCAACUUAAGCAACAAUAGUAGCAAAGCAGGACAAUUAUCUCCUGUGGCUGAUUUGUCCUUUGGAACUUGAGGAUGCCCCAACUUGAAUUAUACUAAGGACUUAAGGAGGAUCAAUGGUGGGAAGCAAUAGAGUCGAGCAUUAAAAUGAUUUGAAUUGAUAUUUAAGGUCUCCCUUCAUUCCUAAAAUGAUUUAUACAAGUUAUAUAUCAUGUUGUUCCAUAGACAGGUGAUAGAGGAAAAUCUCUCAAAAAUUUUUGCAUUUGUUUUGAGUUCAGUUGUAUAUAAAGAGAAUGGAAUUGG